AUGCAUGCCACAACUGACGGCCCAACUCUUGCGACCGAAAACGUGCCGCAACCCUCCAGCGCGUCCGUAACGUCCACAUCACCCCCGUCGCUCACCCCCACGCUGUCCGUAUCUCCAAAUGACCCCGGCACCCACCGCCUGAACACCAAAUCGUCCUUGUGGUCUCUCGGGAGCAGCAAUAACGACGAGGAAGCUCUGACUCCCGAACCCGCCAGCGCCGGUCGGGCAUCUGUUCUCCGCCGGCUGUCACCCGCUCUCGCGGCCCGGGUCAAGCUCUUGGAUGGAAGCACCAAGGUCGUAUCGCCUGGUCGAACCGCUAAUGCUGUCGGUCGAAUCCCCGAAGAGCACCUGAAGGAGCUCGACAGUCUUCACCAGGAUCUGUCAAUAAAGGUAGAGAGGAGGGGCCAGGCGUGGAAUGGUAAAGACAUAUCGCCAGGACAGACUCAGAACUUCAAACGCAGCGCGUCAAACCAGCUCGAGCUACCCCAUCAAGAUAUUCUCCAGGAGAUCUCCAACGCGCAAGGAUUGGACCCAGAGUCAGUGGAGGUGGCCGAGGAAGGGCCCGAACUGCGCACACCGACACCGACACCCGCGCCAGUGUCCGUCGCAACCCCAGAGCCGGAAACCCCAAUCGUCACCACUGAGUCAGUGUCCGUCGAAGCCCCGGAGUUGCGCACCCCAACGCCCACGGAAGCAGUGACGGUCGACACCCACGAACCCAGCAGUGCUCCAAGCACACCCACACCAAUGUCUGUCGCAGAGCCGGUCCUCGCGCAGCCGCGGGUGGAUCCCUUGCAACACACCAUACCUCGAAAAGAAGUGCCCGAUAACCGGACAGACUUCGAGAAGUAUGUCGCUGAUACUGCCUUGAAGGAGGAACAGUCUACGGAAGAGCAGCGCGCUCCUCCCCCGCCGCCCAAAGACUCUCCCCCCGUAUAUCCAGGGCACUCGCGCUCAUCUUCCAUGAACUCGCAAUCUUACUUCAAUCCCAUGGGUCUCCAGCGGGCCGACUCGAUAUACUCAUUCUCCCGCGCAUCUUUCAGUAAUCAGCUCUCCCAGUUGACCUCAAUACCCCUCCCGCAGCCAGAUUCACUUGAGACAAGCAUUACGAACAUUCAGACAUCGGUCUCGGCAGUCCGAGCUCUCAACGGUGCCGCAGAGCAGAUCCAGAUCUGGAUUAAGAAGGCCUCAGACGUCUUGAGUGGCUUGGACUCUGAGGAUGAUGUGGAAUGGGCUGCGGCCGGUGGCCGAGAGGGGCUAGACGAAGUUGAUAAGGCAAUUACGCGCUUUCAGUCUUUGGUCGAGGUCUAUGUGAGAUCUAUCGAAAAUGUUCAAUCACGAGACGACAUUGCGAGCGUCGACAAAGAGAGCCUGAAGACCAUCGUCAGCCAGAUGGAGAGCAUUUUACAAAACUGGACUCAGAUAAAGAACAAGCUGAAGGGCGUCAAAGAGCAGGUUGAGCUUGCAAUGGAAUGGGAAGAGCUCUGGUCCAAUGUCCUGGGUGAUGUUGGAAUGGAAGUUGACAAUCUGAGCGGGCUGAUCUUCGAAAUGGAAGAGCAACGGCACCAAGCAUUGAUGGAUACAGGCGAGACCACUGGUGGUCUCGAUAUCAAUGAACUGGAGACUAUCGUGGAAGAGACCCCUUCCAAGGGUCGCUCGGCCUCACAUGGCCGCUUGAGUAUUGGCCCCAUGCUGGCCACUGCGUCCGGUGCUCCUAUCAUCAAGACCCCGCAGGACGAUACGAGUCACUCUAACCUGAUGGCCAUCUUUGCCCGAAUGCAACCGUUGCGCGCAUCAUUGGACUUCCUACCCAUGCGACUCUCCAUGUUCCAGUCGCGCGCUGAGGAUAUCUUCCCAAGUGCUUGUGAAGAGAUCGAAGACCGUCGCGAACGGUUGGAGAAAAGCUACAAAGUCCUUGAGACUGAUGCCGAGGCACUCCGCAAGGAGCUUGGCGAAGACAAGUGGAUUCUGGUCUUCCGCAACGCUGGAGCUCAGGCCCACAAGAUGUUCGAGUCUGUUGAGCGAAGUAUCGGAAAACUGCAGGAAGGAUUGGAAAGUGGCAUGCCGGUACAUAACCCUUCGACAAUCACCAAGCGCAUUGAGAACUACGAGGCCAAAAAGAUGCAUUACAUUCCUGCCAUAGAGCGUGUGGUCUCGAUCAUUCAAAAGGGUGUCCACGACCGCUUGACCGUCAAUGGAGAAAUCCUACGACUUUUGUCGGACAUGACGACCCGGACGGAUGCCCUGAAAGCUAGCACCAGAGUCAUGGACGCAUCUCUUGAAGACGUGCAGGUUCUCAAGGGCCAUCAGCUCCGGGAUUCAAUCUCCAGCAUUCUCACCAUGGAUAGCCCGGGACCAGGCAGUGCUGCCGAAACCCCGGGAAGCUCCCCUGCCUCUUCAGUCAUUAUGACUGGAAACGGAUACAAAGGCGCUUUGACUCCGAUGGGUGGUUCGAGCCGCCGUGGAAGUUCUGUCAGCAUGGCAGCAGCUCGUUCCGCCCUCCAACCGAAUCGCCGGUACUCUAGCCUACCACAGCCCGUCGGCGGCCAUACAGGCAGGAAAUCCUCGAUUCCCCAACCGUCUGGUUUCAUAUCUCCCACUCCCUCAUACAAACACUCCAACCUCUACACACCAACUCCAGCCGCCCGUUCUCGCACACCGGCACCAGCACCAGUAUCUGCAAUUCCCAAUCGCCCUCGCUGGAACGGGAGCGCAAAUUUGAACGACAUGAACAGAAACUGGACAGAUCAGAAACGACUGUCGUCCGCCCCGAUAGCCCGUACACCUCGACCUGCAUCAGCCACUCCAUUCCACCACUCCUAUCGACGAGACCUGUCUGCAUCUCCAAACCCGAAUGGCCUCCGGACAAACAGUCGAGUUUCCAGUCGUCUUCGCUCUCGAAGCCCUCACCGGAACGCAGCCUCCCCCACCCCCGUCCGCUCCUCGAUCCUCGACCCACCUCCUUACAGUCGACUUCGUCGGCAGUCAGGGAUCCCCAACACCCCUCGAAGUCGACAAAGCUUUGCUGGUGCGCCUCCUCUAUCCUUCGCCCGCAGCGUCUCGGGCACUACAGAUGUCUCGGAGAGUCCGAGCAAAUCUUCACGGCCGGGGACAGCACUGGGCCACUCUACCAACAGAAGGAUCAGUCUGCUUCCACUGCCAAAAAGACAAGAUGGUCCUUCUGUUCCCAAGGUCGUGGACAAUCGUCCACGGUGGCGUUAA